CUUAAAAAUAUAAAAGAGGAUGCUUCUCUAAAAAAACACCUCACUCUCUGUCUCUCUAUCCGACCCCAAAACCCCAUCACCAUCGCAUACCACGACGAUCACGACCUCCAAUCAUCAGCACCAUCCCGCCAAUCACGACCCUUUCUCUGUUGAUUAUCCGGUGUCCCCUUCCUUCCUGAAUCCUUUCGUAUCUCCAACGACCACAACAAAGCACGCCGCCAUCACAACCAUCCAGCGAGUGGAAGAAAAUGGGGGUCUGGGUGUUCGGGGUCGUCUUUACCAAUUAUUUACAGUAGUUUAAUUAAACGGUGGUGUCAGUUAUAUGACCCUCUAAACGCUAUGGAGCUUGAUCUAGAUGCCUUCCUGCAAUCACACGACGCCACGACCAGUGACGAUGAAGAUACCUACCAUCACAGCGCUGUCGAUGAGCUUCUCAAUAUUGACUCCGAUGAUGCUUCUUCUCCUUCAUCAUCUUCCCGAUCGAAUGGCUUAAGCAGCCCCCAAAGCAACAGUAAUUCAAUCGAUUCUUUUUCUCUUGAUUCCCAAUUGGUAACUGAUAGGGAUGUACCGGCAAUUCAGUCAAAGUUCCGUUCCAUUAGCGGAAUAAAUUCAGGCGAUACAUCUAGUGUUUCACGCCAAUUAUCUCUUCCGUUAUUUGGUUCAAAUGCUAAGCCCGGGGCUGCAGUGGCAGCCGCUGCGGCAGCUUCACGAUCGAUUCCGUCGCCACAUGCGGCUGCUAUCAAACUGAGGAGGGAGAGAUUUAUUAGGCUAAGCUUGGAUCCGAAAGCUAGUAUUGGCUCUGAGAUACUUUCUGGAAGUGGCACAAGUUCAGAAAUUGGGAAUUCAGAUACAAAUAUAGUCGAAGGAGAUUUUAAACUGGAUAAUUUGGAAACCGAAAAUAUUGUAUCUAGUGGGGAAGUGAUUACUGAACAUGAAAGUAAAAACAGGUGGGGUGAUGGUUUCCCAAGUGAAGAAACAAAAGCAGAUGUAGAUAAUGCAUUCGAAGCAGGUAGGUUUGAGAUUGAUGUUGGUGAUGAUACUCUCAACCCUGUUACUAAAUCCGAGAUAGGUUCUCUUUUGAAUGACCAAGGUCUUGAUUUGGAUAAGGAUGGUUCCAUGCCAGUUAUAGAUGAUGACAGUGAUGACCGCAUUGAGGGCAAUGAUUUGGAGUCAGCCACUAUCUCUACCUUACAGUAUGUAGAGGGGGUGGUCCCUUUUGCCCAUGGGAAUGUGGAUGAUAACGAGGUUGAGGAGGACUCGAUAAGUGUACUGUCAGAAAGAAAUGAUUUUGAAAGUACAAAAACACAUGCAAAUGAUGUGGAUUUUGGCCUUCAAGCUGGCGGUGAUGUUUCAGUCGAAAAGGGUGGUAUUGAUCUGGAUCAAGGAAGUGAGAAGAGAGACAGAGAGACACCAGGGACGUCAUCCCCCUCCUUGAAACCCCUUCAAUUUGCCGAGGAGCUUGAAAAGAAGCAUGCGUUUACAGGUUUGCAUUGGGAAGAGGGUGCAGCUGCACAACCAAUGAAGCUUGAGGGUGUUCACAGAGGAUCAACUGUGUUGGGUUAUCUGAGUACUAGUAGCGAUAACAUCAUCACUAAGACUAUUUCUUCGCCAGCAUUUAAGCGAGACCAUGGAACUCCACAGUCGCUAGCCGUUCAUCUGAACUACAUUGCCGUGGGGAUGUCAAGAGGGGUGAUUGUUAUAUUCCCCAGCAAAUACUCUCUACAUCUUGCUGAUAACAUCGACACUAAGUUGUUAAUUCUUGGAUUACAAGGUGAUAGGUCUUAUGCCCCAGUCACAUCCAUGUCCUUCAACCAGCAAGGAGACCUCCUUUUUGCAGGAUAUGCUGAUGGGCAUUAUAGUGUUUGGGAUGUCCAGAGGGUUUCUGUUGCAAAAAUUGUUACUGAACAUAAAGCUCCAGUAGUGCACAUGUUAUAUAUGGGAAUGGAUUCUCAAGUGGCACGCCAGUUCAACAUAAUAAGUGGUGAUAGCAAAGGUGUGGUUAAGUUGAUCCGCUUUUCUACAUCUUCAUGGCUCAAUAGGUUCUCAACUUCUAAAACCUCGACUCUUCUUGAUGAAUCAACACGCACAGUUGUAUGUGCUUCUCCCCUACUGUCCGGACGUUCUUCUGCCGGCACCAACGCUGGAACGAGUGGCAUAGGAAGCAUGAUGGGAGUAGUUCCAGGAGACCCAUCUUCUGCUGAAGAAGGCGUGGUCAUAUUUGUCACUCAUCAAUCUGGUCUAGUGGCAAAAGUGGUAUCUAGCAUCCCAGAAGUCUAUGCUCAACUUCCUAAGCCUGAUGGUGUCCGAGAGGGUUCCAUGCCUUAUACUGCAUGGAAAUACAUUGCUGAGAAUGUAGAACCGCUGUUAGCAAUUGCUUGGGAUUCCCAAGUGCAGGUUGCAAAAUUGGUGAAAUCAGAACUGAAGAUAUAUGCAACAUGGACCCUCGACAGUUCGGCAGUAGGGGUUGCUUGGCUGGAUAGUCAGAUGUUGGUGGUGCUAACAUCAGCUGGACAACUCUGUCUGUAUGCAAAUGAUGGGACUCUAAUUCAUGACACAAGUUAUGCUGUAGAUGGAUGCAGAAUUGGGGAACUCAUUGGAUAUCACACCUUUUUUACCAAUGUUUCAGGCAACUCAGAGAAAGCUCAUCACAACUGUAUAGCUGUUAGGGGUGCUUCUCUGUAUCUACUUGGACCUACACAUCUUGUUGUCUCUCGCCUUCUCCCAUGGAAGGAACGCAUAGAAGUUUUACGCAAAGGCGGUGACUGGAUGGGGGCUUUCAACAUGGCAAUGAUGCUUUAUGAUGGUCAAGCCCAUGGUGUUUUUGAUCUUCCUACAGCUUUGGAUGAUGUGCAAAUGGCAGUAAUGCCCUACCUAGUGGAGUUGCUACUCGCAUAUGUAGAUGAGGUCUUUUCUUAUAUAUCGGUGGCAUUAGGCAACCAAGCUGAAAACGCGGGGAACUUGGAUGAUUCAAAGGAUGAUAGUUUUUCCAUGACGUCAAAGAUAAAAGAGCAGUACACCCAUGUUGGUGGAGUUGCCGUUGAGGUUUGUGUACACAUCAAGAGAAAUGACAUCCUCUUUGAGAAAAUUUUAUCACGGUUUGAAUCUGUUCAACAGAAAGAGACAUUUUUGGAGCUUUUGGAACCAUAUAUAUUGAAGGACAUGCUUGGGUCGCUACCACCCGAGAUUAUGCAAGCACUGGUGGAGCAUUAUAGUACAAAAGGUUGGCUGCAGCGUGUUGAACAAUGUGUUCUCCACAUGGACAUUUCUUCCUUGGACUUCAAUCAGGUGUUCAGGUUAUGUCGGGAACACAGCUUAUAUGGAGCCCUGAUAUAUUUGUUCAAUAAAGGUCUAGAUGAUUUCAGGACACCUUUAGAGGAGCUGCUUCGGGUAUUUAGAAACAAUGAUAGUGAGAGUGCUCCAUCACUUGGGUACAGGAUGCUCGUUUAUUUGAAGUACUGCUUUUCGGGAUAUGCUUUUCCUCCGGGACAUGGAGCUCUUUCUCCUGCACGUUUGCCAUCUCUUAGAGAGGAGCUGAUAAGCUUGUUACUGGAAGAUUCCAACGCUCCAAGUUCAUGGGGUUUGACAAAUUUAUCAUCCACUGAAGGAUACAAGAAUCUAUAUUAUCUCCUAGAGUUGGAUACCGAAGCAACUUUGGAUGUUUUGAGAUGUGCAAUUAUAGAUGAAAAUCCUUCGCACAAUUCGGCAGCUGAUAAGGACUCUGCAUCCCCAAGUCAAGAUCUGAUCCAAAAGACCGUCAAUGUUCUUGCUCUCAUACCUGAAAAGGGCAAAUCUACUAGCAUUGAGGAUAUUCAACCUAACACAAAUUGGCCUUCAAAGGUUGAUAUAGAUCAUAUACUUGACUUCAUAUCUCAUUUUGUUGCCUGUAAAAAGGUCAAAGUCUCAAAUCGAUUGCUAAGUCAGAUAUUCGAGCAUUUGACAUUAGAGGCUGACAUUCCACAUAAUGUUGAAAGGAAACAUGGAGAUUGCUUUUUAAGAAGAGAAAAGGAGGUCCUAGCACUUUUGAAUGUUGUGCCGGAGACAGAUUGGGAUGAUAAAUACUUGUUAAACAUGUGUGAGAAGGCUCACUUUUAUCAGGUCUGUGGCUUCAUUCAUAACAGCAAACACCGAUAUUUAGCUGCUCUUGAUAGCUUCAUGAAAGAUAUAGAUGAACCAAUUCAUGCUUUUUUCUAUAUCGAUUAUUUGAUGAGUGACAAGAGGUCUGAUAUUUUGGAAGCUGCAGUCAUUUCACGCAUUCCAGAUUUAGUUCAAUUAAGCAGAGAGGGCACACUUUUUCUUGUUAUUGAACGUUUUUUUCAAGAUUUCCAACAAAUCCUAGCUGAUCUGAGGUCUAACCUGGGAAGUCUCUUCCUCUACCUUAAAACAGUUAUGGAAAUUCAUUCAACAGGCACCAUGAGGUUCGAUUUUCUAAAAAAAGGAGAACCUCUGUGUUUUCCUGGGGCAAGAGUACAUGAUUUCUUAGAAAGAAUUUCCGAGUUCCCAAAGUUUUUGCGUGAGAAUCCAGUUCAUGUAACUGAUGAAAUGACUGAGCUGUAUCUUGAGUUGCUAUGUCAAUAUGAACCCAAUUCUGUCCUCCAUUACCUUGAGACCUGUGAAAGCUAUAGGGUAGACCAAUGUUUACGCUUGUGCCAAGAACAUGGAAUCAUAGAUGCUGCUGCUUACUUAUUAGAAAAGACUGGGGACGUUGGAAGUGCUCUUUCAUUCACACUUUCUGAUCUUGCAGAUAAAUUUAGUAUGCUUGGUGCUGCUGCUCAAAGUGUAAAUGAUUAUGCUGGGUUAGAUCAUCUUGAUGAGUUCUUGAAGAAGAAGGAGGUAACUGAUAUACUAUAUAUCGUGCAUACUUGUGUUGCAUUGUGCCAAAGAAACAGCUCUCGGUUGGAUCCUAAUGAGUCCGAGGCCCUCUGGUUUCAGCUGCUCGACACAUUUUGUGAACCCUUGACAAAUCCAUGCAUUGAUAAGAUGGAUUCUGAGCAAAAACUUCAGAGAAGGCAGCAAAAUGGAGAAGCAUUCGGAAUCAAGUGGAAGAUCAGAGGGUCAGAUAAAGGUGCUCGAAUCUUGAGGAAAUUAUUCUCUAUGUUUAUUAAAGAAAUGGUUGAGGGAAUGAUAGGAUAUGUCCGGUUACCGACCGUCAUGAUGAAACUUCUUUCUGAUAACGGUAGCCAAGAGUUUGGUGAUUUUAAGGCUACCAUACUAGGAUUGCUUGGAACAUAUGAUUUUGAAAGAAGAAUUUUGGACACUGCUCGAUCUUUAAUCGAGGAUGACGCAUAUUAUACCAUGAGCUUACUUAAGAGAGGAGCUUCUCAUGGUCAUGGCCCACGGAGCCUUGUUUGUUGUAUAUGUAAUUGUCUUCUUACAACUGCGAUUCGAGUUUACAAUUGUGGGCAUGCAAGCCAUUUGCAUUGCGAGAUACCUGCCUCGCAUAGAGCUUUGUCUACAGGUUGCCCCAUUUGUAUGCCAAAGAAAAAGGGCUCAGUCCCUGACAAGAAUGGAUUAGUGAGUAAGCCUUUACCAAAACAUAGGUUAACACAAGGGACAGGUGCUGUUCACGUACAUGAGAAUGAUCGCCAAUUAUCAAGGUAUGAAAUAUUGACUAAUCUUGAUAAAGACAAGAGGAUGAUACAAGUAGAUAACAUGCCACAGCUGAGGCUUGCACCACCAGCUGUGUAUCAUGAAAAGGUGAAGAAAGGCGUAGCUAUGUCGAGGGGAGACGGUGGUAGCAAUACCAGUGGUAUUGCUAAGAUUGAAAAAACUAAGAUGGGCAAGGCAAUUAAAGAUCGGAAAAAGAAGGGAUCAGCUGCUCGAUUUUCCUUGAAAUCAAACAUAUUUGGCAAGGAAAAUUCGUACCUGUCAUCUCAAUAGUUUUCUGCUGCCCUCUGAUGAAGACCUCAUAUGUUUUUGAUCAAUAAAUUUAAAAGGUAUCGUUAGUCAGGGUUCUAUGGACAGUACCUGUACUUGCUCGAUGCAUGAACCCUUGUAACCAAGCAUAAUCAGCAGAUAUAGAUUUCCUUCGGUUGUUAUUCUACCAAUUCUGAAGCUGAACGCUGCAAAAAAGUUGGUUCAUAUAUAUAGAAAUGCUACCACAGGUACCCUCAGAAGUAAGUUGCAGAUUCGUGUCCCUUUAAUAAUGCUGAAUGCCAGCUUAAUGUUAUCAAACUAAGUGAAGAGAUCAAGGAGCAACAUUUGUGGAUGUGGGGAUGAAAUUUUGUUAAGGUAUAUUGUAAAUUAGAGAACUAUUGGAGCAACUCAUGGUUGCUUAAAGCCCGAAAGUAUAGUUUUGCCUGUUUAUAUUUACAGUCCCGCCUUUCUGGCGAAAUAUUUUUUAACAAUUUUGCUUCAGUUAAUCUAUAUAAAAUCUUCAACACUAAUUUUUUUAAUACAA